GUCCGUCGGAUCACAGAGAACCUUGUUGUCAAGCGCGGCCUGUUCAAGCACCCUGUCGAGGCUACGAUGAUGGAGUUCGUCCGCACCCACACCGGCAUCCCCGUCCCAACCGUGCACCUCGUGUUCACUCGCGUACUAGAGGACGUCGCGGACACGAACACACUGUGUACAUACAUCGUGAUGGAUUGCAUCCCCGGUUCCUGCCUCCAGCAACUCUGGGGAACUCUUGACGAGCCCACCAAGACGUCUGUGCUCACGCAGAUCCGGGGCUACAUCCACGAACUCCGCAGCAUCCCUCCCGAUACCGACACUCCUGGUCCUAUCGGCGAGGAUAUCUGCCGUGGGCGGUGGUUCUCGGAACAAGGAGCCGGUCCAUUCCCGACGCACGAGGCUCUCGUUGAAUGGUGGAACCGCUUCUUUCCCCUCCCCGGCGAACGGGGCUACAAAGGCGUGGAAGACCGGUUCCAUGCAGACCAUCCCCUCGUCCUCAACCACGGCGACCUCACUCCCCGCAACGUCAUCGUACACGAGGGUGUCGUGUGGCUCGUCGAUUGGGAGCUGGCCGGCUGGUAUCCGUGGUAU